ACAACUUGGCACCGGCUGAAACAUGUAAUGCCUGCAUGUACGCAAUGUUCGCUGCAUCAGAACAGAAUGGCUGAGCCUGUUGAUCCUUCAAAGCUAAUGAUAAGUUGGAGUAUUUGGUCAUCAACUAGUGAGGUUGAUGCUAUGCUUCAUCCACCCUAUUUGGUGCUUCUCUGUCAGUUCCUUAUAUAAACCGUAUCUUCAGUGCCUACAAUAAUAUAGCAGUGUGGACAAUUGGGUUUUUAACCGGCAUCAUGGCAGUUUCUCCUAGAUAAUUGCGACUGAGUGUUUACAGUUUUCUACUUAAUAGCAAGAGCCGAGAAUUACAAUAAAAACAUGGGUGCAGGUCCAGCAUAUAACAUUGAGGAAGCCUUCCAGCGAUUACCUCUCCCAUAUGCUGAUCAAGAGUUCAAUAUUGACCAUAUUAAGGAGGAGUUGGAAAGUGUGACAAAACCACCUCCAUAUGUACGUUUGAAGCAUAAUGUAUAUUUCGUCAAGAAGAAAUGUGAUGGUGAUGCCAUUGAAGCUAAAUGCAGUGAUUGUGAUCCUCCUCUGACCUGUCAAAUAAGAUGCUCGUGCAGGUCUGUGUCCAUUAGCUGCUCUCAGGCUUGCAAGUGCUCAAAUAAGUGCACCAACAGACCAUUUCGCAGAGAGAAAAGGAUCGGGGUUGUUAAGACACAACAUUGCGGAUGGGGUGCCAUAGCAUUGGAAACCAUUGAGGAAGGUGAUUUUGUGAUAGAGUUUGUUGGAGAAGUUAUAGAUGGCGCGAGAUUUGAAGAAAGGCUUCAAGACAUGAAACAGCGCCGAGAUCAAAAUUUCUACAUGUGUAAAGUCAACAACAACUUUAUAAUUGAUGCAACAUUCAGAGGAAAUGACUGUCGCUUUUUUAACCACAGCUGCAGACCUAACUGUCGGUUGGAGAAUUGGCAAGUUAACGGCAAGACAAGGCUAGGUGUGUUUUCUUUACAGGGUAUACGAGUGGGUGAGCCCUUGACCUACAAUUACAGCUUCGUACAACAUUUUGGUCCACAGACAGAGUGUUUCUGUGGCGCUGAAAACUGCCGAGGGAAGCUGUGAUAGGUAAAAGACUGACCAAAGGGGGGUACAUAUAACAGCUCUGACCGAGGGAAGCUGUGGCUCAAUGCAAAAGUACAUAGCAGGAAAUGGAAUGUAUAGUGAAGAUUGAUGCUGAGAGCAGCAUUACCCACUCAUCUUCCAAGUGUGCAGGUUUUAACUCUGUAAAAAGUGUUUAGCUAGUUCUUUCAACAGAUGCCGAGAGCAAACUGUCUAGUUGCUU